UCACUAAGGGUGUAGUAGUAGCGUAAAUGUAAAGAGUCGGCAAUGGAACUUUUCAAAGUUACUGUUUUUUUCUCUCCAGCUAUUGGGUUAAAUAGGGAUCUUGUAGUUUAGGUAGGUAACCUCUCUAUGAGGCAAUUUCACAGAUGAAAAUUGGAGCUCCGAUGAAUUUGCCACCAGUAAUAGCCAGUUACGUUUUUAAUUUAAUUCUUUGCUUGUUGCCAAUCGUGAUGAACUCUUCACCAACCGGCCACAGAGCAGAAGAUGGUCACGCACCUAACCACAACAGGCCUUUCUUUUUCCAACCAAUGCCGACACCACAUAUGUUUACACCUCCUGUGUCCCACUUCAUGCACCCUCCAGCCUUCCAUCCGUAUUUCUACCCGACAGUAGAAAUUGGUGGUGGGUUAUAUUACCCAGUGUGUCCUAUGCCAUAUCCAAGAGGUUUUGGUCCACAAUCACCAAUUACUCAUACGAACUAUAGAAGACCUUUUCUUAAUUCUUCUCUCGUCGCUCGUCCGACAUUUUAUCAUUCGACACGAUUCAGACACUACCCUUUUCGGAAAAAUGUGACUAAUACAGAAGUACAGACGGACAGCGAGACUAAACUAGAGCAAGCCAAGAGGACGGAUGUGAGUGCUGAAACUUCGGCAGCCCCCGAGGCACGAGUUCAGAAGUCCUCAGGCAUUGAAACCAAUUCGGAUAGUACAGCUGUACCUGCCCAAGAAAGAGUUUCUCACAAGGCAAUUGGAGGUGAACUAAAUGAAACGGAAGAAACGAGCAGUGCGCUGGCACCUAAAAGCACCAAACCAGGUGGAUAUGCAUUUCAAAAGGAGAAGAUCAGAAUAGAAUGUAAUGAGGGAGCACCUUCUAUUAACGUGUGGCGGUCCUUUGAAGCCACGGUUCCGAUAUACAAUCCUACCCCCAAUAAAGGAGAGGACCGUAUCCAGUGUGAAAUGUGGUCCUUGAGCGCAUGCGAGGGCGGAGUUCCCUUUUACGGUCCGUUCGAGCCAGACAAGAUGAUUCCGAAAACCGAGCUUCGCAAAGAGGUGUUGCUGGAUUCCACCAAGUCUCCAGGAAGCGGCCGUGAGUCGAAGGCCACGGGAGACGAGGUUUCCCGUUGCGUGGCCCCGUCUGAGAAAGUGGGCCCCGCGCCAGGGAAAACCAAUGGGAGCCGGAAGUGUCCAACCAACACACGCUUACAUGAGCUGCCCGAGCAACCUGCUCACCAGAGGAGCCCGCGCGGACUCUCCCAGACAAAUGGAAUCGGGGUAAAGGAUGAAACCAGGAACAGGGAGCUGCUGCUUUCACCCGGAUCACCGAAUGAUGACAAAAUGGGUGAGGGGUCGAAGAGUGAUGCGUCUCUGGAAUCUAUUGAAGAAUAUGUACCUUCUGCGAGUGUGUUGGCUUGGUUACAGAACCAGGCGCGAACUUCCCGCGGGAAAGCUAGUCUUCCAAUCCCGAGACAUCCACCAGGAGUGUUGCAGGGCUCGUUUGAAGAAAUGUCUUCCAAAGAUGAAGAGUCGUCUUUUGACUUUUUUGAUGCCAUGCCCGGAGGCAACCAGGUGUCCUACACUCACCUAAUGUGCAAUCCGCGCCGCCCGCCCGUCCCUCAGGUACUUUCCACCUCGAAGCCUCGGAGUGGCAACAAGACUUUGGAGAGUCCGCUGGUUUCUCGGCAAAAGAGGGUCUGCAGCGUCUGUCAGAAAGAGACGUUCGUGAAAGCCAAGAGCGCCAGUGCAGGCUGUAGAACUCUCUCGCCUAAUCGGGACGUGGGUAGCGACGCCCCUUCAGAGAGGGACCAUUUCAGCAAAGAUCAGUCAGUUGGUGGCAAUUCAGGGACCAGCGGGCGGCGAAAAUACCGCAGGGUCUCCCGAGAAUCCAGUAGCUCAAACAAAAACAAGAAAACCCGAUAUUCCUCCGAUUCCGAGCAGGCUUCCGAGGAUCAGGACAAUGAAGCCAGAGCAGAGAAUGUCAAUCGAGGUGGUCCCUCUCGGAGGAAGAUCGUUCGGAGGACAUCCAAAGUCUCGUCGACAACCCAAUCGUCCAGCCGACCACAGCCAGAAAAACCGAGAGCAAAGAAGAAGACGCUGGACGCGGCUAAAUAUCCCCUUAACCAACGAGAGCAUGUCAAGGCGGGGAACGAACACAGCGAGCGCCAGAAAUUGGGACAAACCGCAAAACCAGAGCGAAAAAGGAAAGAAGAGGAAAAGAGGCGGAAAAGUACACGAAAGGCUAUGAGCGUGCAAAAUGGGAGUGAGGAGUCUGUGGAUGAAUACUGGAAUAAAGUUGGUGCAAAACCCAAGUCAGCCACUUCACAUGGUGAUGUGGAACAUGAGACACUGCAACAAAAUGCCAAAGCCAACUGCAAACCAGUUCCCGUUAAGAAAGGCACACGUGAGUUUAAUGAAAUGGAGACUUGGGAUUCAUCCUGUUUGCACGGAUUUCAAGGAAAUUCAUUGAGGAGGAGGACUAGGAAAAAAUGCUAAAUUCAUCUUUGCACCCAGUUCAAGGAAGAAGAUUGAAUCUUUUGAUCUGUAUUCAAGCCACUUGUAUGCCAACACAAUAUGGAGUGAUUUUUUUUUUAACACUGGUUGAAGAGAAUAAAUGGGUGCAAAUGACAUUGAGUGGUGUGCUGUUCUGUUCAAACUAUUGAAUCCAUGAGAUUAAAUAUUGAAGAAUAAAAAGUCUAAAGUCACUUUGAAUAGCAGUGAGCUUUUGUAGGUGUUGAAAACAUGUAACAUUUUAAGCUUUUGCUCAUAAAAUUGUUUGAAAACCGAUAAUUGAAGUGCUGGUUGAAUGUUAAUGUUUUGACCACUAAUGUGACCAUUUUAUUUGUAGCAGUCUCUUUCGUUGCAUUGAGUUCCAUGACUGAUUCAAUUUAAUAACCAUUGGGUUGUGUGGUCAGUUGUUUCUUAGUAACACAUACUUUGAUAUGUGUUGAGAAUUGUGGGGGGGGAGGUGGUGCGGGGUGUCAAGAGGUAGUAAAAAUUCUCCAGCUCCUGGUAACAGUAACACCAUGACUAAUUGAAGAGUUAUGAUCUACGAUCAUAUUGAACCUGGUUCAGCCUCUGCUAUGCAUUCAAUAUUUUUUUUGAAAUUGUAAUUUCCCUUUUGGCAGCUUAGACUGGGCAAGCAUUGCAGGAUUUUUAUGAAAUUUGUUGAUCAUAUGGUGCAUCCUUACCUAAUUUAAUAUUUUUCAAAAUAUUGCGGAGUCUUUUGCAGAGCAUGCAUUAAAUCUGUCCAGUUGCCCAAACUGUUUUCACUUCAACAUAGAUUAACUGAUAAAGUUGUUAUAAAAUGGCUUCUUUUUUUUCCUUUUUGGUCUCUGCACAUUACAGCAUGUCAGUCAUUGUUGAAUUGAUAGCACUCACUCUCAGUUCUUAAUCAAGACACAUUCCAGGACAGAGCAAAAAAUCAAGGCUGCUACUCAGCAGAACUGAGGAAAUGUUGCAAACUUUCAGAGGAGAUAAUAAACUGAUUCUAUUGGCUGUCCUGAAUGCAUGUUUUUAAAAAAUGCUGGCAUGUGAUUCUUUAAAGAGCAGGGGUGUUUCCCUGUCCUGUCUACUAUUUAUAGCUGAAGAAUAUUUUCAUAAUGAGAUAAUCAUACUUUGAAGCUUCCUGUAUGCAAACUAGUUCUGUACUUCACUACUAGACAUAAGCAUAGAAAAUAGGAGCGGGAGUUGCC